GAGAAGACCACCAUAUGGCAUGGCGAGAGGACCGACCUGCUCGCCUCGCCGAUCCUUCUCGUGUGUGUCAGUGUCCGACCUCCGGUGUCCGACACCUCUGCACGGUGUCGACCCUUGAUUUGGACAUCAUGGACUUGUAAUUGGUGCGAAAAGUGAUAUUCGCGAAGUGUGUGCAAGUUGGACGGCGAGUGUGUGCUUGGAAAAUGAAGCGCCCGACGUGUGAUGCUGGAUGACGAGGAGGACAGUUUGUCCGGCGUGUCCGGCGCGGCCGACCUGGGUCGGCUGUACCGGUCGCACUCGUUGCCGCACUGCCUUUUGCUGAAGCAGGACAGCGCGUCGUCGUCGCGACUCAAAGACUCGGGCGUGCCCACCUCGAACACCAACAGCAGCCGCCAGUCGUCAAAAAAGGGUGUCCCCAACCACGGACUCUUCCCCGACCUCCGUCACCUGCUCUCCCUCACCCAGCACUACUACCCUGAGGGUGGUUGGGGCUGGGUGGUCGUCGUCGUGGCCGUGCUCGUCCAAAUCCUCACGCACGGAAUCCACUACUCGUUCGGCGUGCUCCUCGCUGAAGUCAUCAACAAGUUCGGGCCAAACAUCGGUGAACCAGAGUCUUGUUGGGUCGGCGCGAUGUCAACUGCAGUGGCUCUGUUUGUGUCGCCGGUGACGAUUUCAUUCUGCCGGCGGAAGAGCACCAGGGUCACUGCCGUGCUCGGGGGACUUGUGACGGCCCUGGGGUGUCUUUUCACCUCGUUCGCCACCCAGUUUCAUCAACUCUUUUUUAGCUACGGGGCUGUAAUAGGUGUUGGCGUUGGCAUGACGCGGGACACGAGCACGCUAAUGGUCGCCCAGUACUUCAAACGCAAAAGAGAGCUCGUCGAGAUCUUUAUUGUGGCGGGAAGUGGUCUUGGUCUGGCCAUCAUGUCCGCUUUCAUUAAGGGAGCCAUCGGGUCAAUUGGUUGGCGGCUGGGAUUGCAAGCCGUCACGGUAACCGUGUUCCUCACCUUCUUCCUCGGGACCUUCUACAGGUCCGCCUCUCUUUAUCACCCCCAAAGACGCGCGAUUCUGCACCUGAAGAACCAGAAGCGCAAGAUCAAAGACAAGAACAAGGUUGACGACGGCCCGCCCUUCUUUGAUCUCACCACCCUCAGGAGCAAAACGGUGCGCAUCCUGCUCUUUUCCACGGCCAUCAGUGCCACGGGGAUGUCCACUCCAAUCUUCUACAUGGCGCACCAGGCCGAAAAAGAGGGUCUCGGCGACGCCACAGUUUCUCUCCAGGCGUACUUGGGUCUAGCCUGGGUCAUCGGUUGUGGGGCUUUCGGCAUGUUGGUGGUGAGGAACAGCGCCGAGUGCAGAAUCGCCAGGCAGUACCUCUGCCAGGCGUGCACUUUUGUGUGCGGCAUCGCCAUCCUGGCACUCACCGCUGUCCAGGGCUACAGGGGAUAUUUACUUUUUGUUUGGGUUUACGGUAUUUUCUGCGGUGGUUACCACUACUCCCUGAAAAUGUACACUUACGAAAGGGUGCGGGCGCGCAACUUUGCGCGCACCUGGGGUUUCGUGCAGUGCUCGCAGGCGCUGCCCAUCGCCUUCGGAGUGCCGAUCACAGGCUACAUCAACGAGGGGUACGGCGGAAAGGCCGGCUACUACUUCAGCUCGACGUGCGUGUUGAUCGGCAGCGCGGCGCUGUCGCUGAUCGACGUGCACCGGCGGCGGGUGGCCAAGCACAAACACAUCGCCGCCAACGGCAAGCAGCACACCUGCAUCAUUGAAAACUGCCCUGACAGAAGAACUGGCAGGAGGUUGUCGUUCACCGACGAGGACGUCAACGGCCACAAUGGUGCAGUGCUGCAGUCGUCAACGGGUGCGCCGGCGACUGCGGCGGCGGCGGCUGCAGCGGCGGCCGCUCUCUUGGGCCAAAGAUCACUAACCUUAGCCAACAUGGGAUCAACGGACUUGAAAAAGCCCGAGUUGACCUGCAUCAGCGAGGAAGGCAUCGCGGACAUGGACCUGCCGGACAACUUGCUCGAUGAUCUGGAUUAUAUAGGAGACUGCAUCACUUCUUGCAACAAAGUUGAGAAUUACCUAAUGUUGAGUGAGUUUGAGAACAAUCUGAUCGCGGAGGUGCCAGUGAUCACGGACAGAAAGGGCCGGCGGUGGUCUUUGGCGCGGCCGCACCGGUCCAACAACUCGCCGUUCAACGAGCCGCGUCCGCCGAUGGGGCUCGUCGACGAGGGCGAGGGCUGCAGCACAAACCCCAACUCGCCCCUCGCAGGGGCGGCAGUCGGACCGUCCACGGAGCGGCGCAAGUCGCGCGAAAUUCCGCCCUUCCGAAGCGCCAACUGGCGCCUCCUGUCUGCCGCCCCCAAGAGGCCAAUCACAGUCAUUGACGAGGCCUCCGUCUGAAUAAAUAAAAACACUCUCCUCUCUUGUGAUCAAUUAAAGCAGUGAAUUGAUUAGCUCAUAGAUAAACAUGUACUUAAUUAUCUUGAUUCAGUGUACCUUAAAGCAUACAAGUCACUUUGUCUCUCUCAUAAAAAUAUUUAAAAUAUUCAAUAUCUCCUCUCUCUCAAGUAAGUUUUAUGCUUGUGCAACUACCAAAUAUUGAUUAGAGUGGAUAUGUGGUAGGAAAAUGUACGUGUAAAUGAUGUGCAAAAUUUCUUUAAUGGUGCUCUUGUUAUAAAAAAUUUGUAUUUGAUUAGAUUUAAAAAAAGUAUCCACAAUUUUGAGCAAAUUCUGUGCUGUCAUCCUUUUUUUAUUAAUUUUUGGUUAUUUUGACUAAAUUCAGCAUUUGAAAAUUUAAAAUAUUUAAUAGAAUAAAAGGGUCUCAAAAAUCUAUUGUAAUUGGAAAAAAAUUUGGUUUAUUUUGUUGACUUUCUAAGGUCUGAGGAAUUUUUAUAAACUCGAGAACAAAAACAGAUGUGCAAGAAUAUUUUAUUAAACCUCUCAAAUAAUACCUGUGCAGAAUAUAAAUACUUAAGGUUGUGUAAAUAAGGCUUUUGCUGCUGUCGUUGUUUAAGUGAUAAACUGAUGUCAAGAUUUUGAUGUUUGGCAUCAUUAAAACAAUAUGAAGUAAAUUUGAACGAAAAGGAUAAAUGCUUGCUCCAAAUUGAGACGAAUUUUUCUCAUCCUUUUUAUUUAGAAAUAAAAAUUUAUUAAUUAAAAAAUAAAAACAUCUGUCACAAAGUAAAGAUUUUUUUGGUAUAUUUACCUUCCACUGUGUGCUGCACAUUAAUAUCUCUCUCAGUAAAAAGUUUGUGUAUGUAAAUAUAUUUGAUAAAUAAAAAUAGUGUUUUGCGUGUGUGGAGCGUGAAUUCACCGUAGACUUCCCUGGUAGGAAAAACAUUCAUGUGCGUAUUUAUUAAAUGAAAAUAAUUAAUAAUAAUAAUACCCUAAUUAAUAAUAAUGUAUGUAAAGACUGGUCCAACUUAAUAGAAUAAAUACAGUUAAUUUUGAUUUGCUCUCUUGAAAUUUGUACUCUUUAAUAUAUAUAUUAUUUUGAUCGGCAGGAUUUUCUCAUGAUUUUUCUAAUAAAAUAUAAAUGUAAAUUGCUAACGUGAGAGUUUAUUAGGACGCAUUGAAAAUGAUGGAAAAAUGGAAAAUGUUAUCUAGAUGUAGCAUAUUCUUGUAAAUUAAAGAAAUCAUGU